GCUGACGAGGCGGGCGCUCACCUUGUGCCUCUCUCUGGCUGCAUCUCGGAGGCCGUGGAGGCCCGCGAGUGGCACAGGUGCCCGUCGCCCUGUGCCCGUUGCCCGGCCUGCCCUGCGGCAGGCGAGGCGGGGCCUUCGUGGUCGGUCCAGCUCGGCAUCGGGCUACUCGGGCUGAUCAUCGGCGAGGUGGGGAAGGUGGUGUUUGCGGCAGCCGCGCGGCUGCGGGUGGCGCUGCAGCGCGCCGUCGCCCCUUGCGGCAUCCGAGGCAUUCCGCUUGCGGCCGCAGCGACCGUCGUGGAGGUCGACUUGGCGGAGCUCGCGGCGCCGCAGGCGCGCG